AUGAGCGAACCAAAUCUUGAGUUUGAUGGCUUGCCCAUCCCUUGGGUGCCUGCCGUGAAACCUGAAGAUGAGACAAACAUGUAUCCCUACAAGAAGCAGACUAGGAACACUAGAACGCUUCCUGUAGGCUGGCAAUUCAAGGAAGGUCGACGUGCGCUGCCGGAAGAGCUCAUAUUUGAUGAACAUGUCGAAAUCCCGCUCAGAGACGGGGUCAAGAUCUACGCCGACAUAUUUAGGCCCGUCACAGAGACGAAGCUCCCUGCAAUACUGGCAUUGAGCCCGUAUGGCAAAAAUGGACACGGAUUCCGCAUCUUCGACAACAUACCUUUCCGGCUUGGACUACCAGAGAGUGCCACGUCAGGCUUGGAGAAAUUCGAAGGUCCUGACCCCGCUGAAUGGUGCCGGCGGGGCUACGCUAUUGUCAACGUAGAUAUCCGAGGUUCAUGGGAUAGCGAAGGAGACAUUUAUAUUGAAGGAAGCCAGAUGGGUCGAGAUGGGUAUGAUACAGUUGAAUUCAUCGCAGUACAGCCAUGGUGCAAUGGUGCUGUCAGUAUGUGUGGAAAUUCCUGGCUCGCGACCGAGCAAUGGACGACUGCUAUUCAAAGACCCCCUUCACUCAAGUGCAUAGCUCCAUGGGAAGGGUUUACGGACAAGUAUCGUGACUUGAUCUGUCGAGGCGGUGUUCCGAAGGACAAUUUUGCUUCCUUUAUCUUCAACAAGACGAUCCGUGGCCGAAACCGCCGGGAGGAUAUUAGUGGUGCGAUAUCCAAAUGGCCCCUGUUCAACGCAUACUGGGCGGACAAAGUCUAUGAUACUAGUAGUCUUACGUUGCCCAUAUAUGCCCUUGUAAGCUACUCUUCUGGUAACCAUGGAUCUGGUACUGUGAGAGGCUGGAAGAAUGCCGCUUCAAAGGAGAAAUGGAUUCGCUUCCAUCCGACUCAAGAGUGGUUCGAUCUUUACACUCCAAGGUACAUCAAUGACUUGCAGCGCUUUUUUGAUCGCUAUUUGAAGGGUGUUCAGAACGGUUGGGAGGAGACUCCUSGAGCCAGAAUCUCUAUUCUCACAUAUGGAAAUCGUUUCGAGCCGGGCCCCAAAUGGGACGUACCAUUUUCAGACUACCCGAUUCCAUCCACAGAGUAUCGGGAACUUUAUCUGCAGGGAUCUGCGAAGUUGUCGACCUCGCCACAAGCAGAGGAGGAAUCUGUUACUCAUGGAGCAGACAGCUACCAAUCUAAGCCGUCUGAAUUCGUGUUAAACUUUGACAAAGCGACCACUCUUGUCGGCCAUUCGAAAGCGGAGCUCUGGAUGUCCUGCAAAGAAAAAGAUGACAUGGAUGUAUACGUGUCCAUCCGCAAGCUGAGCAGAAGUGGCGAAGUACUAGAGCAUGUCAAUGUGCCCUGGGAGGCUUUGCCCGAAGGAGUCAAUACUCAAUACGACGUUCCAAUGGCCCAAACAGUCAAGUACACUGGACCAACUGGUAUUCUUCGUGCCUCGCAUCGCGCACAGGAUCCAGAACGAAGUACCCACAUUAUUCCUUAUCACCCACACGAUAAAGAAGAAAAAGUACCCCAGGGCGAGAUUGUCAAACUUGAAAUUGCUCUUUGGCCUAUGGGUAUUCAUUUUGAAGCGGGCGAAGGUUUGCUCUUCCGCGUCCAAGGAUUCAUUGACACGAGUUCGGACUUUCCUAGUCAUAUUGAGAAGAAGCUCGGCAAUCUGAAUGAGGGUCAGCACACAAUUCACUUUGGUGGUAAAUAUGACUCGAAAAUCAUUGUUCCUGUUGUUUCGAUCCCGCAAGAGUGA